AAUAACAUAACCUAUUGUGUAUGACGUGCGUGCGUGCAUGUGCGUGCUUAUAGUUUUGUCAGUUUUAUAUUAUAUUUAGCUCAUUUUUGCUCCUGUUUUACUUUUCUCUCUAGCAAACAGUGUAUCGUACAUAAUUUUGCCAUGGAAAAGGAUGAAGAUGCUCCAGUAAAGAGGCGUUCCAAAGGAAUCGUGUACUUGUCCACCAUACCGAAGUAUAUGACUGUCACAAAAUUGAGAGAACUUCUGGAAGUCUAUGGCAAAAUAGGAAGAAUCUUUCUCCAGCCUGCGAAAAAUCCUCACUCAAAGAAAAAGAAACCAUCGAAACAUUUUGAGGAAGGGUGGGUAGAGUUUUUACGCAAGAGACAUGCUAAACAAGUUGCAGCUCAUCUGAACAACAAACUAAUUGGAGGACGCAAAAGGAGCAAAUUUUAUGACUGUAUGUGGAACAUAAAAUACCUUCCCAGGUUCAAGUGGGUGCACCUUUGUGAAAGACUUGCCUAUGAACGAGCGGUGCAAAAGCAAAAACAACGAUUAGUUGUGGCUCAAGCAAAACGAGAGGCCACCAGCUUUGCUCUAAAUGUAGACCGAAGUGAAAGACUGAACAAGAAAAAGAGUAAGAAGCAAACUGCCCCUGCGAAGGAAAUUGAAUACAAACAGCGGAAAACGGAAGGAGAGAUUUUAGACAGCAAGAAGAAGAAGACGAAAUCAAAACCGAAGCCUGAAACUGAGGAUAGGAAAGAAUUCAUCAAAAAUCUCUUCAGCUGAAAACCUGGAUACUCGCCGUUUUAGGAAAGAUUUGACGAUUUCAUUACUUUUUUUCAUUGAACUUUUCUUUGGUGCCAGUUUAACUAACUAAGUAAACUGGGUGAGCUGUUUCUUCACUCUGGAGACACAACACAUACCUAUGAUAAUGUACUGUUUCUGUGGAAGUAGAGAACGUUGUAUAUCACACACAUUUACCUGCACAUCUCUCUCUCUGCUAUGCAUCCUAGUAAAACUAGGAAAACACAUUUGAUAAUGUCACUAAUUUCGACGUUGUCAUUGAUGUUUUGCUGUUGAAAAAUUUGUCUUAUAUUUACUUGAAAAAUGAACUACCUAGGCAGAACCCUGCUUUACCAGAGUUGUGUGGCCUUCACAUCGAGGUACAUUUUGCGGAAACUUAAUUGGUCAACAUAAAGUACAUUUUAGGCCUGCAGCCGAAAAAAAUCAGCAAGAAAUUAGGAAUUUCUUACAGAUUUAUCAUUUUUCCUGAGAGGUAUGAUUUACUUAGACCUGCUUUUAGGAUGACCUGUGUAUUAACAACUGGUUGAUGAGCCACAGUAUCAGUGGUUUAGUCACGGAGGCUCAAAAGGGUGUGGACUCUUCUCCCCCUUAGCCUUGAUCAUUUUCUCACCAAAAAUGUUUCUUAGGAAUAAAUCGCUGAUUCUGACCUUUGCAUUUUUCUCUCAACAAAAUAUUAAGUCCAUGAUCGAUCCUGCUUCAAAAAUUCUUUGUUACGGCUCUAGGUUCCUUGAAAACUGCCAAAAUAGAUGAUGUUGAACACUCAGUUUUUCGAAAGACCUCUGUAAAUAUUGGACCAGUGGUGUUUUUAAUUUACUAAGUAGGUAACCAUGAGGAUUCUACAGUUGAAAAACAAUUCUAUGACACAUACUAUGGACCCAUUACUCAUGAUACAAUACUUUUGUACAUAAGUAAUUUAAUCACUUUUGAUCUUAAAAAAAUUGGUAUUCAAUACAAUACAGUUGUAAUUUUUAAUGUGUUUAUUUUUUUUAAAAAUACAUAUUUUUCCAAAAA